AUGAGCGCACAUUUGAACGGCUACCCCUCUGAUUCCCAAGACCCUGGUGACGGGCACGACGCCCUACGGGCGAGGAAGAGGAGGAACCUGUGGGCCGCUUGCGACCUGCAGAAACUCCGAGAUUUCGUCGAUAUUUAUCGGCGGAAUUCUAAGAUCAGCUGGACUUCCCUUGCCGCGGCAUGGGAACGUUCGCGGAGGCCAGAUGAAGUGCAUCGUAGUGCAGCUAGCCUGCGGUCUGCGUAUGCCAAACAUCUGAAGGGGCAGCAAAGCGUGGGGGCUAAUGUACCACGUGGAGCCGCUCAUCAAGAGGUACUCCAGGAGCGGGAUAUCCCAAUCCAGGAGGACUCUACCCCGGAUGUUGGUCAACCGGAAUCUCCGGAGACUAUUGAAGCUGAACGAGUGGAGCCGAACCUCAGGGACCUGCUAACCCAGAGGUUCAAAGUCUACUACAAAUACGCCAUCAGUUCCCAUGAUAGGCGCCCGGUCAGAAGGCCCUUGGGUACAAUCCCACAGGCCCUUCUGGAGACAGGUAAUGAAAUCAUUGCUCGCACGCUUAGCGAGUACCGGCAGGUCUCAAACGGGAGAAGGUGGAUCUCGAUCUUGAAUGCUGCAGUGUAUGCAAUAGCUCGCGCUAUUGCUGCUGUAGCGGACAAGCUAAGACAAGAGCGAUUCACCGAUGACCCCAAACGCCGCCUUAAGGAACUGGAGGAUCAACGAAGAACGCAGAUCAGUACGAUUUCAGUGCUGACGAAUGAGAUCCUCAGGCGUAGAAAACUGCGGAAGCGAAAGGAGGAGCCUGUCCCAGGCGCGAGUACGAAGUACCUCCAAGUAGCCGAAGCAUAUGGAUUGAAACGUCGCGGAGAGUUGGGGCGUGUCUUGAGGAAACUCAAGGACCAACUCAAUGUGACCCAGCUCGAGAUACGGAAACUGCAAGAGGCACAACAACGAAGGUUGUUACGACGAAAAGGUGCCUCGUUUGUGGUUCGCAGAGACUCCGGCAGUCCGACUGAGGUGCCUGUCGCUAGUAUUCGUGAAUACUGGCUACCUAUUGUCGGCGUUCAGAAGUCAUUCGAAGUAAGCCCCGAGCUGAAAGAAUGGUCGGAGACGUUAGGAUCCCUACCUAGAGAAACUCCUCUUAUGUCUGGCGAGCUGGAUGAGGAGACCUGGAGGAACUUGUUCCGAAAGGUUAAACCUUGGAAGGCUACUGGGCCAGACGGCAUUCAGGGUUUUUGGUGGAAACACCUUCCUGAAGCUAGGCUGCAGCUGACUAACUGGUGCAAACGCGCCAUGCGGCGGCCUCGAGACUCAAUCCCAACCUGGCUUUGCCAGGGAAGGGUUGUUCUCAUACCCAAGAGGAAAGGAGACCCUAACACACUAGAGCCUGCAGAUUUCCGCCCCAUCGCUUGCCUGAACACUUGUUAUAAGUUGUUAACAGGCAUGAUGGCUGUGCAUAUAUCUGCCGCCGUAGGAGACCGGUUCCCCGGUAGUCAAGUUGCCCUGCGGAAAGGCUUAUGGGGCUGUACUCACGCCCAGAUACUCGAUCAAACGAUCAUAAAGGACUCCGAGCGAUCCAAACGAGAGCUCCACAUGCUGUGGGUUGAUAUGACAAAGGCGUUUGACUCCCUGCGACAUGGUGCCAUUUUAUGGGCUGUGAAGCAGUGGGGCGUACCGUCAGAUGUCCGGCGUUUAUUAUCUACCCUUAUGAAGUUCCAGUCUGUCCGAUAUUGCGGUUACUCGAACGGGAAACCAGUCAAGAGCCAAAGUCUGAAGGUCAGAAAUGGCCUGAUGCAAGGCGACAGUCUGAGCCCGUUGCUAUUCUGUCUAACCAUUGCACCAAUAUCGGCAUGGAUCGAUAAGCACAUCAAACCGUACCAGUCGAAGACCGGUUCAGGGCCUCGUUCUGAGGGACCCCUGAACGGGGGACAUGUGUUCUACAUGGACGAUCUUAAGGUCUUCACUCCAGACUGGGACAACCUGAUGAAAGCUCGAAAAGGUAUCCAGCUAGUAGCUGGUCAACUCGGACUGCAACUUAACAACAGCAAAUGUGCGAUUCGCUCUAUGAAUUCUAAGGAUAUGGGGCGUAAUGUAUCAAGUGGGACCAUCCCAAUCCUCGGAGGCAAGCAAGUCUAUAAGUAUCUGGGCGCGGAAGAAGCCGAGCUAGUUUGCUUCGACCAACUAUGGUCAAGGGUUGCAGAAACGGCGAUGGCCACUGCAAGGAGGUUGUUCCUCAGUAACCUGACGGUUCGCCAGAUGGUAAACGGGUACAACCAAAUUGUAGUACCAAAGCUAAAGUAUGCAUUCUCUUGUAUCAUAUUCGGAGUCGGCCGAUUCCAAACAAUGAGUACACAAGCCCGUAAAUUCGAUCUUGAAAUACGCAGACUGUUGAACGAGUCUCAUAUGAGGUUCGGACACAGCUGUGUUGCACGGCUAUACGUUGAACGACAACAUGGGGGGCUAGGACUGAAGUGUGUAGAGGAAGAGUUGCAAACAAGUGUGGCUUACACUUGGAGCUAUCUUUCUUCAAACACGGAUCUCCUAGUUUCAUACGAGCUGGCUGAAAGGUUGCGUGCGAGUACAAAGAGAUCACUGACCUCUGACUUCCAGGCUGUAAUGGCUGCUAACGGGUUGGAGGGACGUGUAUCGCGAACGAGAAUCGCAACCAUUGUAGUAGACUCCCAGACGUUCUAUAACGCCACUGAAGCUGCACGUGCUAUAUCUAAGCUGAUUCACGAGAGGUGGAUGAAAAUUCAUCUCAGUGAGUGGAAAAGCAAAGAUGUAGCUGGAAGAAUAUUGCAGGAACGCACUGAAGAUGGUGUCCCGACUGGGCUAUGCCUGAAGGAUUCGUUCCUUUGGUCCGCGAAUGGUUGGGUCUCAUCUGAAGUAUUGAGGAACGUCUGGGGCGCACAAGAGGCCUCACUCUUAACCGGAUGUAGCGCCGCUAUGCGAGCGCUGAGACCCACAACAGGGGGUCUCUGUAGAAUGCACUGCGGACCCUACAACGAAACAGCUGAGCAUAUAGUAUCUGCUUGUGCUCACUGGCGAACAAAUAUCAUGGUCGAAAGACAUGACGACGUUGCUAGGGUCAUCUACCACUCAAUUAGAAAGAAGUAUGGAAUCACCGCUGUUGUGAAUACCCAUCGUCCACAUACUGUGGAGGCCGGAGAUGUGGUGAUUCACUGGAACGAUAGGAUCGUUACGAGUGAGAACUUGAAACAUGACCGUCCUGACAUUCUUGUCUGGGACAAACGAAAUAAAGCGAUCUGGAUCAUUGAGAUUUCGGUCUCAUGGUACAGCCGUCUCCUCACUCAAGAACAGCGGAAGCUCGGAAAGUAUGCAGUGAACAGUACUCUUCCCGAAGACACUGGGCCGGAUGGGUUCCAUCCUGGUCCCAGUCUAAAAUCUGUCCUGCAAAAGGACCGCAAAUGUAGGGUUGAGGUUGUUCCGAUCGUCGUAGGGGCCUGCGGUGAAGUAACACCGAACCUAAGACGACACAUACUUGCCUUGCGACUACGAGAUGAUCCUGACGAGAUAAUUGAGAGGUUAGAACGCAGUGCAGUGUUAGGCACGAAUCGAUUGAUUAAAUGUCACCUAGCCAACACGCUAGAGUGA